CUGAAAGUUUAGUUUUGGCUUUACGUGUAAUCGAGCUGAAUCUUUGUUAACGAUGUCUGGAAGAGGCAAAGGCGGUAAGGGACUCGGAAAAGGGGGCGCUAAGCGUCACAGGAAGGUUCUUCGUGAUAACAUCCAGGGCAUUACUAAACCCGCCAUCCGUCGUCUUGCUCGCCGUGGCGGAGUCAAGCGUAUCUCCGGUCUGAUCUACGAGGAGACCCGUGGUGUGCUGAAAGUGUUCCUGGAGAACGUGAUCCGCGAUGCUGUGACCUACACCGAGCACGCCAAGAGAAAGACCGUCACCGCCAUGGACGUCGUGUACGCGCUGAAGAGACAGGGACGCACUCUGUACGGCUUCGGAGGAUAAACUCAUCUGUACACUCACAAACACCCAACGGCUCUUCUAAGAGCCGCCCACAUUUUCAGAAAGGGCUGUUUUUAUAAUGUUACUUGAAUUAUUUUGAAACUAACUUAAAGUAUAGUCUCAGUUCUUAAACUAAAAUCUUCAAACGUUUUUAUUUGCACAUUAAAAUAUUAAAUUAGUUUUUUGCCUUAAUCUCGAUUUUACGUUGAUUAAUUUAAUGAAAAGUGUUCUCUCCAAGAGUUCAUUAAACGUGUGAAACGGCAUGUAUUAUAAUAAAAAGGUUUUCUCCUUUUAAUUUUUUUUCUCCGUGAAUGUGAUUAUUACAAAAAAAUUGAGCGGGAAAAUCAGACAGAGACUCGUGUGUGGGGGAGGGUACGGAAGCAUUCAAAUUUAGAAGGCUAUGAUUGGUGGAUGUGUCUGUCUAGUGGCCCAUUUCUAACCAAUUAAAUAUGUUUUCUUCAUCCGUUGUGCAAGAAGAUCCAAUCAGGGAAUGUCAACCCAGCCUCAUAAAUUAGCAUGAGAGUCCAAUAAAUAACCAGUACGCUAUCUCAAAACUA